UUGAAAUCUCGCGAGAGUUGGUGCGAGAAUCGGACAUACUUUUCCGAAUCAGUGAGCGGAGGCGUCAAAAUAAUGACGGGCUCCAUGGAGAAGCAAACAUUCGCUUGAAUCUCACAAAAAUUCACGGCUGCUCGCACUCUCUUGAGGAUCCGGCGAGUUAAAGAUCCCGUGGAUGACCUGGAAGGUGUUUUAAGGCUGCUUCUUGGAUCGGAUCCGGCAAAAAUGCUAUGACAACAGGACGCAACGUUACGGAAAAGUUUGCCGGUGAGCUAUCGAUCUGACAUUCACAGGUGGUUCAAAAUCAAGCAAGUUUCCAACUUUUAGCUCAAACUCGUCACUCCAGUGACAAUCAGAAGUUGUGAACACGAUCACAAUGGCUUCAGAAGCAGUAAAGGUAAUUGUUCGAUGUCGUCCGCUGAACGAGCGAGAGAAGAACUUGAACUGUGACGUUGUGAUCUCUAUGGAAGGCGGGAUUCAAUGCGGCAUCAUCAAGCCCGACAGGCAAGACGAACCGCCAAAACUCUUCACCUUCGACGGCUCCUACGACAUGGUGUCAACCACGGAGAAAAUCUACGACGAUGUGGCUUACCCUUUGGUGGAGAGUGUGGUGGAGGGAUACAACGGAACUGUGUUUGCAUACGGCCAAACGGGAUGUGGCAAGUCUUUCACCAUGCAAGGUAUUGAGGAACCAGCCACUCAAAGAGGCAUCAUCCCCAGAGCAUUUGAACACAUCUUUGAAAGCAUCGCUGUAGCAGAGGACACGAAAUAUCUCGUACAUGCCUCGUACUUGGAGAUCUACAACGAGGAAAUCCGAGAUUUGCUCGGAAAGGACCACAAGCAGAAGCUGGAGUUAAAAGAACACCCGGAUCGCGGAGUGUACGUUAAGGAUUUAUCGAAGCACUCUGUUCACAACGUUCCAGAGUGCGAAAGGAUCAUGGAGAUGGGGUGGAAGAAUCGAUCGGUCGGCGCGACCCUCAUGAACGCUGACUCCUCGCGCUCCCACUCUAUCUUCACGAUCUUUCUCGAGAUGUGUUCGACGGACAAGGAGGGCGAGACGCACUUGCGUGCCGGGAAACUGAAUCUCGUGGACUUGGCGGGAAGCGAGCGACAGGCCAAGACAGGUGCAACAGGUGACCGGCUGAAGGAGGCCACCAAAAUUAACCUCUCGCUCUCCGCACUCGGUAACGUUAUAUCGGCGCUGGUAGACGGGAAGUCCAAACACAUCCCGUAUCGUGAUUCCAAACUCACGCGACUGCUUCAGGACUCCCUCGGCGGGAAUACCAAGACGCUCAUGAUAGCGUGUCUGUCUCCUGCAGACAAUAACUACGACGAAACCUUGAGUACGCUAAGAUACGCGAAUCGGGCAAAGAACAUCAAGAACAAGCCGAGAAUCAAUGAAGAUCCCAAAGAUGCUCUUCUCAGAGAGUACCAGGAAGAGAUUCAGCGGCUGAAGGCCAUGUUAGCAGCCAAAGGUAUCACAUCUGGCCAGCCUGGACAAGCAGCCACCCCUGCCAAGGGCCCCCCUCCCCGCCGCCGCACCACUUCUGAAGACCUGCAGAAGGCUAUUGAGAAAGAGAAGGAAAGGAUCAAACAGGAAUACGAACAAGAGCUACAGGACAUGAAGCUACGCUAUGAAAAGGAACAAGAGAGCAAUGUGAAGCUGCAGGAGGACAUGCAGCGGUUACGUGAGUUCUACGACUCCCAGCUCACCAACGUGGAGCAGAACUUUGAGGAGCUCCCCCCCGAGGACCAGAAUGGUGAGGUCGAGGAGAGGCCAAUGACAGCUGCUCCACGGAGCCCCCCCACACCGCUGGACGGGGAGGACCUGCCUGACGGACCCAGCCUGGAGGGGACCAUGAGUCUGAGGAGUAUGGACGAGUCUCCUGGUGCAGAGGCACAGCUAGCCCAGCAGCCAGAGAUGGCCCAGGCUCUAGGGCUGGUAGAACAGCCAAAGGUAGCUAAGGUCAGGUCACCUAAUGAACAUUAUGGCUUGCAUUGCCAAAUAUGGUGGAUGUUUUCACAGAAGCAACAACCACAGGUGGCCAAACAUCUUGGCUCGAAGCAGAAGACAGAGUUAGAUGACCAGGACAGCCCGCGUGUGCCGUCCUCCUCCCCCAGUAGUAACACAGACAUGGCACAGAGUGUGCUGGAACAGGAGGAGGCUCUGCACAGACUACAGGAACUACAAGAGCAGAUGGUGGGAGGGGAGAAGGCCCACGAUGAGGCCGCGCUGGAGAAGAAGAAACGCAAGAGAACGCACGCAGAGAGACGGAAGGAGAAACUGGCAAAAGUGUUUGCCCAGUUGGACGACGGAGGAAACAUCAUGCUGAACGUGUACGGCAAUAUACAAGACAAACUGAAGGCUGCAAACCAGCAGCUAGAGAAGGAAAAAGAAAAGACCAGAGCAGCAGAGAUUGACAUUAUUGACCUACAGAGUGAGUUUGAGUUUGAGCGGAUCGACUAUCUCUCCACCAUCCGGGAACAGGAGAAACAGCUCAAACUGCUACAUUCCCUCAUCGACAAGAUCCACCCACUCCUACGCAGAGAUAGUAACUACUCCAACUUGGACAGGGUUAAGGCACAGUGUAAGUGGGAUGAAGAGAACCAAAAAUGGGUCCUGCCGGAUGUUAAAGUGGAGACGACAUCAUUACCUCCCAAUCCUGGAGGUAUCAUGCCAGGAGGGAGAGCACCCCAGGGUAGAGGGCCUCCCCCAGGGCCCAGGGACAGAUCACCUGGUAACCAGUACGGGAGUGCCAACUACCCGCCCCCUGAGGAAGACAGGCUACUGCAGAGGCUGAACAGAAGAUCCAAUGAGAACAUAGCAGACAGCUACUUCAAACCCAAGCGAGCCAAUCAGCUCCUGAAUUCCACCACCGAUCACAACCGUCACUUCGGACAGACGCUGGAGAGGAAUUUUGACCGGAAUCCUGAGAGGAGCCUUGGAAGUCUGGGUCAAAAAUCUGGCACUACAUACACACAUGCAUCAGCUGCUCAGGACCCUCCCAGCUCUAUGUCUUCUCUAGGAUAUAACAGUUCCAUGACAAAUGGUGAGUACCAGGCACCAGACUCGCACAUCUCACCGAUGGACAUGCCAAUGCGCCGUCCUGUACGGUUAGAGCGAAUGUCGCCAUCAUCAGCCAAGGACAAGAAGAAGAAGAAGAAACAGAAACCGGGAAUGCUGGAACCGUUGUAGUGAAGGGAGGGGAGGGUACAGUAAGAACUCUGAGGGCUCAAGUAGCAGGGACUGUUCAUUUGAUAAAUGGUGACUAUAGAAUUGACACUCUUGGAGGACCAUUCCCUACAAUAUUUGAAGGGAAACAAAUUCAUCUAUCACCUUUCUUUUCUUACAAAUUUGAGGAAAGUGUCAUCAAAGAACUCUGCAUUCCUUAUCUGAACUGCAAGAGAAAACAAACCUUCCCUAACUGUUUGCAGAAAAAUGUAGAUUGAGAGAUUCAACCUUAGAAGAUCAGAUGUUUGAACAAUAAAAGCUUUUAAACCAAAUGGAGGCACAGGUCAUCCUAAUGCUGUAGACAUCUGUAAGUUUAUGGCAGUGUGUUUUGUCAUAAUUAAGUUCAAGUGUGAUGAUGUGAAAAUACGUUCACCACAUUGUGAUAGAUACAUGUAAGUAUGUUACGGUGUUGUGCAAGCGGUACUGUGUUAAAUGGUUCUGUAUACUGUGAAUCUAUCUUUUGUGUGGGUCUCAUUUGGGAUAUAAGGGUCUAGGAACUACCAGGAUUGGAGGUGCCUGCUGCUGUCUGUAUUGCUCAAAUAGUUUUCUGUGUGUUGCUUUAGCCAUAGCUUAGCUUGUAG